UGUUCUUUGGUUGGUUCUCUGUUGAAGUCUCUAUCUUUCUGUGAUAAUGGGUUUCUGGGCUCCAUCUCCAUCUAUCUGCAAAAAAGCUGAGUUCUGCUUGAAAUUGGAGAAUUUUGUUGUGCACUUUGUAGUUUCAUAGCUAGGCUGGGACUCUGCGGAUUUUAAGUUAGCAUAGGAACUUGGGACUUAGAGUUCUUGUUGAAGGUUGAUAAUUUGGAAGUAAUUUUCUGAGUGGUGUGUGAAGAAGGCUGAGGAGGAAGUUUAUGGUUAUAGUUCUGUUUUCUGCUACUUGAUAUGAGAUAAUUCCCACUGAAUGGGUACUGAUGCUGCUGAAGUAGUAGAGACAGUGAGAAAGCUGUACUCCUUUAAGAUUCACCGUACAAUGUGCAAUGAACUUUGGAACUUGGUGGAGAGAAUAUCAAAGAUAUUUCCUGACAUAGAAGCAGCAAGACCUCGUUGUUCAACAGGAAUACAGGCUCUAUGCAUGUUGAAUCGUGCAAUUGAGAAAACCAAGCAACUUGUACAGUGUUGCAGCGAGUCUAGCAAACUCUACCUGGCGUUUACAGGGGAUGUGAUAGUCUCAAGAUUUUAUAAAUCAAGGAACUUGUUGGAGCAAAGUUUGUGCCAGAUUCAGGGUUCGGUUCCAGUGAUUUUGGUGACAGAGAUCUCUAAAAUAGUUUAUGAUCUUAGGGCUGCAACAUUUAAACUGGAUCCAUCUGAACAAGAGGCUGGGGAGGUGGUCCGGCAAUUGCUCCAGCAAGAUGCUUCUGCAUCAAACUCGGUGGAAGAUUUUGAACUCAAGGCUUUUCAACUAGCAUCUCUGAGGCUCCAUAUUACCUCAUCAAAGGAAGUUUUAAUAGAGAGAAGAUCUCUUAAGAAGUUGCUACAAAAAGUUGGUGACAGUGACCCUAAAAAAAAGCAGAUCUUGACAUAUUUCUUGCAUCUAUUCAAGAAGUAUGGAAACUUAAUGUUGGAAAAGCAGACAGAGAGUGCCUCUUUUUGGCAACAAGGAUCACUUGCUGGUGAGGAUUCUGGCAAUGCCUCGGGAUAUAAUCAGUCUGCUGAAGGUAAUCUUCACACUGGUUGUGGGGAGUAUGAAAAGCAAAGUGACAUGUUGCUUAGAGCUGAACCUCCUAAGGAAUAUUUGUGUGGAAUAUCUUCCAGAUUGAUGUACGAUCCUGUUGUCAUUGCUUCUGGACAAACAUAUGAAAGGAUGUGGAUACAAAAGUGGUUUGAUGAGGGAAAUGAUACAUGCCCAAAAACUGAUACCAAACUUGCCCACCUUUCAUUAACUCCAAAUACUGCCAUGAAGGACUUAACAUCAAGGUGGUGUACCAAGUAUGGAGUCACCAUUCCCAACCCAAGUAUGCAACCAGAAGCACUUAGGUCAUGGGAAAUGUCUUCCACUUCCAUUGCUAGUUUAGGCAGUUCUAUGAAUGAUCUACAUCUGCCAAUGGAUCUCAGCACCAUGUCAUUUGGAUCCAUAGAUACUAGUUUCAAUUCUAAGACAGAUGAUAGCUCAAGUCUGGUGCAGAUUAAUGAUGAAUCUCUGAAAUUCCGGUAUGUUAAACAGUAUGAGACAGAUUUGGAAUUCCUAUCUACUAUUAGUGAGCUCAAAUGGGAUUCCCAAUGCAAGGCUGUUGAAGAUGUUAGAAACCUCUUGAAAUCCAAUCCUCAAGCUUCAUAUGCUAUGUCCUCAGAGAAUUUUGUCAAACCUCUCAUCAAGUUUUUAAGGGAUGCCUAUGAUCAGGAUGAUGUAGAGGCUCAGAGAAAUGGAUUUAGAUUAUUAUCUGCUUUUGUGAGCAAAAACAGAAAUGGAAUAUCUUAUUUUUGUGAAGACACAUAUAGUCUGUUAGUAUCUUCUCUUGAUUCAAAGGUAAAGGAAGAAGGUCUUGCCGUAAUGGAAAUUCUGUCUGUCCACGAGGAUUGUAGAGGUAACAUCUCAUCAUCUGGUGCACUCAAAUCCAUUCUGACCCUUCUCGACUCCCAGAUCAGUAGUAUACAAGGGAAAGCCCUUAAAAUUUUGUACAACUUGUCUCUCAGUAGAGAUGUUUGUUCGGAGAUGGUAUCCUUGGAGUGCAUCCCAAAUUUGGUUCCUCUCUUUCGAGACAGUGCUCUUAGUGGAAAUUGUGUCUCUGUAUUGAAAAAUCUGUGUGAUUCUGACCGGGCCAGGAUUUCUAUUGUUGAAACUGAUGGAUGCAUUGCUUCUGUUGUUGAAGUCCUAGAGUAUGGCAGUAAAGAGCAUCAAGAGCAUGCCGUUGAUAUCCUCCUUUCUUUAUGCUCUCAGCGCAUUGACUAUUGUCGUUUGGUCAUGGAAGAGGGUGUUAUUCCUGGUCUUGUCAAUUCAUCUACCAAUGGGACAGAGAGAGCAAGGAUAAACGCAAUGGAAGUUCUACGUCUUUUGAGAGAUAUUGACUAUGUCGCUGAGCAUGAAUCUGGUGAACCUGAGCCUGAGCCUGAGCCUGAGGCACCUCCAGAUGAGCUACCUAGAGACAUUGGAAAUCAUCCAAACGGGAAGAAAGCAUCCAAGGCAUCACUUUUUUUUGGAUCACUAUUCUCAAAACCAAGUUCUCUUUCACCGAAAAAGAAGAAAUGAAGCCUAUGCUUUCAGCUUGUCCUGCAAUGCAGAUCAACACAGAAGCUGCCUUGUAAAGAGUCACUGGUUCGAACUGAAGAAUGAUUAUCGUCAUUGACAUAGGUUAAGUAUAUAGGGUUGGGGAUUGAUGGGUUUUUGUGCUGAUACUGAUCAAACAUAGUUUAAGCCAUGAUUGUGAGCUUUUAGUCUUCAUUCAUAAAGGAAGAAGCUCCUUUUCCGAUAUAUACUCCUGAUCGAUCAAAAUGUAUAGUAUUAAGUAGGUUGAUAUGUAAUUGAAUGGUUUUAAAAGAUUUUUUAUGUACUGAAUAUCUUUGCAUCAGGUUUCCAGGACUCUU